AUCAUCAUCAUCAUCAUCAUCAUCUCUGUUGACACAAGAAGAAGAAGAAGAAGAAGAUGAUGCAGCAUUAGAACAAGAUGUUAAAGAAGAUGCUGGGAUGACAACACGUUGCGUGUUGAUGCUGUCAGACGGAGUCGCAUAUGAUGCCCCACGGUCCUGAGGUGAGCGGCUCCAGCGGCUCGACGACGGGCAGCGACUUCCGAGAGACGCGCAGGACGUAAUCUCUGUCCUGCGGAUCUUCUUCGGUUUCACACACACACACACACACACACACACGGACACGCGGACACGGACACGCGGACACGCGCGAUGGAUGAGGGCGCCGCCAGCGAGGCCGUCCCGGAUCUGAGAGACAUAGAGACGAAAAUCGGCAGGAAGACCCCCGAGGGUUUGCUCAGGUGUCUGCGGGAGGAGGCGUCCCCUUUCCGGGCGGACGCCAAGCUGAGCGCCGCGCACGACACCGGCAAGGAGACGGGGAGGAAGAGUUUGGAUGAAAAGAUCCGGAAGCUGAAGAUGGAGAUGGCCCAUUUGCGCUCAGUGGAUGUGAAGAUCUUGCAGCAGUUGCUGGCGGUCCAUGAAGGUAUUGAGGCAGUGAAAUGGCUGCUGGAGGAGCGCAGCACUAUGACCAGCCGAUGCAGCAGCCUCACCAGCAGCCAGUACAGCCUGGGAGAGGGCCCAGACACCUCCUGGAGAGGCUCCUGGAGCAGCCUGCAGGACCCUAACGACAAGUUGGACAACAUCUCCAUUGGCAGCUAUCUGGACACCCUGGCGGACGACAUGGAUGAGUACUGCCCCUCCAGCUCGGAGUCGGUCAUCUGCUCCACCACACCGCUGGUUUCAGAUGUUACCGCUGGAGGCCGAACAGCGGGCGGCACCGUGGCCCCGGUCACAGGAGCGGGGGUAGGGGGGAGGUCUGGUACUGAGGUUGGGAGUGGGAUUCGGCCUGGGGCAAAUGAGAAUGGGGUUAGGGCUGGAAAUGGGACAGAGGUGAAAGGUGGACCAGGGAUUGGGCUUAUCAGUGCUGUCUCUGGGACUGGGAUGGCUGGCACUGCAACUGGGAAGCCAGCUGUUCCCGUCAACUCUGCCCAAGCCAAGUCUGAGGGCCCCAAGCAAGAUGCUCCUGUGUGGACCAAGGCGGCAGAGACGGCCAAGGGAAGCCCCAUUUCUAAGGACAACAUCCAGGCACAAACCAUUAAGGUUAACGGUGUCCGGGAGAAACAAACUGGUAGCCCAGCCCGCCCCAGCCUCACGGAGAAACUGGGAACCGGCCAGAGCCCCAAACUGAAACCUUAUAAAAAUGGAAAGUUCGAGUUGGAUACUUGCAAAAUGAAUGGCAAAAUGCAUCUGGAGUACGACGCGCACUGGCGGUGGGUGCAGUCGCAAGAAGAUGUGACGUUUUUGUAAGUAGUAACAGAGGGGACGAAAUUGUCUGUUGACCACUCCCCCUGCCACAUCAAAGACCGGAUCACCGAAGGUUAGGGGAAGUGAACUGCUGUCGUGAAAUGCAGAAGGGAAGGCUUUCUUCGGCGAAAGACACUGGGUUUGAAAGACAAGGAAUAAUGUUUCUGCUCUGUUUAUCCCUCCUGUGACUGCACUAACUUUCUAUAAAAACAUUGAUGUCAGUAUUAAGAUGGAUGCACAUUACAGGAUUUUAACCAUUGUCAGCCAAACUGGGCUGCCGCAUACUAACCUUGGACAAUUUUAAAAUCCUGUCAUAGUUUUUCUCUCAGGGCCUUUCUUGGCAUUCCCUGAUUUUAUUUUAUUUUAUUGUCCCGAGAAAUAAAGCACAGUGAGAUGAUCUGCCAGAGAACUGACGCAUGACUUCAGGUUGAAAUGUGAUACACAAAAUAUGCAAAAUGUAAAAUAUAAAAAGACGUUCUGCCAUCCAGCCUGAAAAUUCCGACAAAGUACAAUACUUAUUUAAAUCUUGUUACUUAUUUUUAAAACCCGUCACAGAAAGAUUGUUCUUAAAUUAUUUUACAUUGUAUGUCAGUGGUUCCCAGCCAUUGUUGUGGUCAUGAGCUGAGAGCUGUUCAACCUGAGGACGGAUUUUCCUUUCUGCAUUUUUUUUAUUUAAAGGCAUUUAAAUGAAGGAAGAAUAUCCAGGCUUAAAAUAUAUAUAUGCUUCAGAGAGUGUUCUUUUUUCUUUUCAUGUUUCUUCUUUUUCUCGGGAGCCUUUCUGGGGUGCUCACCACUAGGUUGGGGAACCGCUACUGUACAGUCACCACCACAAACAAUAGAACGGAGGGAGCCCGCUGCUCUGCAGUAAUAGUAUAAAACCAACGUUAUCAACCUCUCAUUAAUGUCGCAAGAAAAUACAUUCUAUAGACCCUUAAUUAUGGACAAUGUAACUGUGCACUUCCAAUGGUUGUAGACAGUAUAGUAGAAGAAUUAACAAGUAUUAUUAUAAAUUCUGUGUUUCUCCCCGGAAACUUCCCUUGACACCAGUAGAUGAUGAGAACGACAUUGAGGACAGAGCACUGAUUUUGGUAGACGUCUCCCUCAUUGAGAAAAAUAUUGUUCCCACUGUUCACGUUUGUGUCUUUGUGGAGCUAACACCUUCAGUGAUCAACUAACCGUCUGCAAUAUUGUAUAUUCACUGAAUCGCAAUACAGCUACCCUGUGCAUCAGGUACUAGUCGUGACUGGUUGUGAGCAAAUACUGAAAUAUGCCUGUAUAUUUUUUGCUUUGUUUUUGUUUUUAACAGUUCUGGUGUCGGGUUUUAAAAGCAGAUAUUGUGCCUGAUUGGUGUAAACCUUACUACAUAGUUUGCCUGUGCUUUCCCUCCUGAGAUGAGUGCACUGUUAUUAUGAUAAUCUUUGCAUUUUUGGACCAAUUUUUUUUAAAUGAUAUAUAUAUCUAGCCACUGCUUGUGUGUGCAAAUGGCUAGACCAACAGUCUGUGUGCUAUUGAGUGUCGAGUGGUAGAUGUGUGACGUUGCCUGGGUGGUUAUUGCAUGCCCUGCGCUGGGAGCUUUUGUUGGCUGAAUUGUGAGAAAUUGUGUGGAGGACCAAACACAAUCGGAGAAGAAGAGCAAUAUUUCUUACAGCCUUUCUACUGGCUUACGUGAGCAGCCACUUCACAGCAGAAGAAAACGAAUGUUGUUCUCCAAGAGUCUCCGAAAAAGAACACUGACCGGGAGAGAGGGUGUGUGUGUGUGUGUGUGUGUGUGUGUGUGUGUGUGUGUGUGUGUGUGUGUGUGUGUGUGUGUGUGUGUGUGUGUGUGUGUGUGUGUACAGACCCGUGACUGCCUGAGCACAGCUGGCUUGUCAGGUUUGCAUAAGAAAGACGAGUCCCAAAGGUCAUCACAGCGUCACUACACCUCCUACCACUCUGCACCUUGUCAUGUUAAUGCAGCAGGGCUAGUGCAACACAUUUCCUAAAUAGAGGACAAUGUUACAUAACCAGUGGAUAGCUGUUUAUGUUUCAAACCUGUCGUGAAAACGUUUCGGCUUACCCUCUCUGCUACCUUAUGUGCCCGUCUAAAAAGCUGACAUUUCUAUAGUGAACGUCUUCUUCUUCUCUCGUGUGGUGUCGUUGUGCACUUCUGAACCCCUUUUCGCUUAUAGGGCUGAUACCAAACAAAUGCAAUACUCAGAAUAUUGCAGGCAGUAUUCCCAAACCAUUUUGCUGCCUCAAAGACAUAGGCCUUGUUUUGUUUUUUUCAUGAAGAAAUGAAUGCAUUCUUUAAACAGUUUACUAAGCCCUUUCCCUCUUGAUUUAAAAUGUCUGCAUGUCUUUUUGUUGUUGCAUGGUACAUGUAGUUCAUGGCAACAGGGGCACAUUUCUGGUCGGCGUGAUUUUGCAGCCUGAAUCCUGGCAGAUAUUACCAGCUCACAUUAAAAGCUAUGGAUGAAAAUGUCAUCUCCAGCCGGCUUUUUAGUGUUUCAUGAUGACUUCUUUUAAAAGAAGAAUCUGGCAAAAGGGGUUUUUGGUUUUUUUGGUUCUAUAUCCUAACUGCUCAACUGUUGAGUUUUCCGUGCUGUAUGUUUCCAUGUUUAACAUCAGAAGACACAAUGGCUUUGAGGAUCAGCCAAGUGACGUGUUUGGCAAACGCUUAGAUGAAGUUAGCUGGAGGGUAGACUUCUCCAAAUACAGUAAAGAGCUGACAUUAGCUUGAACCAUGAUAACGUCAAAUAAUGGUUUGCUGCAUGGUGAAUAUACUAAGAUGUAAACAGAGCUUUUGUGACCCUAUAAUCUCCAGUUUGACAAAUUGCUAACUAAAAACACACGCUGUACACCAGCUCUCAAACCUGUGUGAACUUCUUUGAAACGUGGAUCUUGCUUAGUGAACAGUUCUUCCACCAUGUAAAGAGGUAACUCACUUGUUGACCGCCACUGCCAACAUUAACAUAAUGCAAGUGUUCUGUGUCAACUGGUCAGUCCAUGUAAAUUCCCUUUCCGCCGCAGCUCACUGUACAGAAAUGUCAAACUCAGCAUCUCCAUUAGUUCGAAGCACCGAAGUGUUUCCUCUCGGCCUCUCUUUCCGUCCCACUUUCCACCAACACACUGGCUUUUAAUGGAAACGUCCAGUCUGUGCCAACACACACAUCACGCUCACACAAUGCCCUCACUGGAGACAGCGCCAUGAAGCCAGCACCACAGAAACAGGCCAGUCCCGACAGACAGGCAGAGGGAAAACCGAGCUAAAACGGGACCUGGAACUCUCGGACGAGUCGGAGCAGCCUUUUCCCCGGACACAAAUAGAACAUGAGCCAUUCUCUGCAUGAGCAUUUCAGCGCAUGGUAUAUAGAGGCUAUCAUCCAGCCACAGUAUGGACGUGACGUCAUUCAAAAAACCGCCUUCCCCUUUAAACAUAUGUCUUGGCUGUCAAGCAAUAUCGCAUGCCAGAGAGACUGCUCCGCUAGUUUGCGGUUUUCUUUCCAAAUUAGCUCGGCUGUGUAGGAAAGGAGAAAAAAAGAAGCAUUUCAAUGCAGCGGACAGACCUGUAAAACACAUUACAUCUAGCUAUAUAGUGUGUCUGUCUGAAGAUAUACUGUAGCCCAUGACGGUUUGAUGUGUUGUCGGUGGGCACAUGCAGUCUAAAACUGGGAACGUCAACAUUGUUGUAAGUGCCCUCCGGUGCUGACAGUCAAGGUGCCAGGGCGAAUUACUCGUGGCCUCAACGACCGGGAAGAUCACUUCUGUGUCCAGGAGCAAACAGUGGAGGUGUUACCAACUGGCGAGGUUGUGGGGGGAAAAAAAAUAAUCAAACCUGGAAAACAAAUGUCCCUCCUCAAUUUCCAGGAAAAGCCCCCUGAAGUCUCCGUUCCCUGCCUCGGCGACGUCCAGGAUUUAUCAGACGUCCACUGAGUGACGUGGUUUGCCCGGGUUUGAGGUGCCAGGCACCCUGCAGCUAUUCUGGGCACAAGACAAACAGCACGAUUGCACAGACGAGUGGAUGUAUGCUCGCGGUCGUCAUGGCAAUCGGACCCACCAGGCUUCAGCCCCGGCGACCGAAUGUAAAACCGCUCGCCGCAAGUAAGGGGCGUAAUGGAUAACGGCAAGGAGCAGGAAUCCAAUGCUGCUCCUUUAAACACGAGCCCAUCAUUCGGCGUCGGCUUCAUGUGAUGUCUUUGUUGCACCGAGACGUUAGGGAUUCCGGCAAUUUGUGGGCAUGCUUUCCCUUUUCAGCGAGGCACACUAAAUCACUGUACUUGCUGGUACCAAUGUUUGCUUCCUUUUUCCCUCUCCCGCUGCCCUGCUCGGUACUCACACGCUGCACGGCCGCCGUCUCUCGUGUGCCACCUGAAAUGCUGUCAAGAGCAUUUCGCCUGGCAAGUUUGGGCCAUUUUUUUUCAUCCGAGAAGCUGGAAAACACAGACUUGUUUGUGUCUGCCCGGAGGCGAAGUGGUGGGAGCGGAGCAGCGGCGCACACAGCACGCAGCUAUAAAGCUUCCACUCCCGGUGCCCUGCUGUUUUCUUCCUUCCGCUUAAACACAGACACACACACACACACACACACACACACACACACAAGCACAAUUUAGCCCUGAACUCACAAGGCUCUCUAGAUACCUGACAGCCCCUCAGAAUGAGCCGCUAUGCAUUUCCUGUCCUUGAACCCUAUUUAUAUUUCAUCCCUGUGUGUGUGUGUGUGUGUGUGUGUGUGUGUGUGUGUGUGUGUGUGUGUGUGUGUGUGUGUGUGUGUGUGUGUGUGUGUGUGUGUGUGUGUGUGUGUGUGUGUGUGUGUGUGUGUGUGUGUGUGUGUGUGUGUGUGUGUGUGUGUGUGUGUGUGUGUGUGCGCGUGCGUGUGUUUUGUUCCUAUCCCCAAACUGCUCAGAGAGACAGACGAGCAAGAUGAACCCCACUGAGUGAACACUGGGCUCUGAACGAAAAACUCAGCUGAGAGGAAUCGGAAAAAAUAAAAGCCACUGAGAGCGACCGCGGUACACUGGAUCAGUCCAAUCAAUGUCUUGCUUAAGUGAGUGGUUUUUGAUUUUAUUGUCCGCUGCGUUUUUUUUUUAUCGUCCUGUCGUGCAACGUGCCCAGAGAAACAUGAUCUUUCUUUUUUUUCCCUUUGAAAAAGUGAAAGUGUUUAACAAAUACCUGAUUGUGUUCAUUGAUGUGGCGGAAUUGUAUUAUGCAGUAUGUAAAUUAUACAAGCUUAUUCAAUGAUUAAAGGGUAUUUCAAAGGUU